GUUUGGGGCUGGGACCCCAGAGACCUAGGUGCAAGGGAAGUGGGCUGAGGCCAGGCCAGGGCUCCCCUCCCUCUGCAGAGCCCAGGAUGCCCCUCGGCUGCAGCAGCUUCUGAGCUCAUGGAGCCCUCAGCCACCCCAGGGGCCCAGACGGGGACCCCCACUGGUGGUGGGGAACCGUCACCGUCACCGGUGCCUCCUGACUACGAAGACGAGUUCCUGCGCUAUCUGUGGCGCGAUUAUCUGUACCCGAAGCAGUACGAGUGGGUCCUCAUCGCUGCCUACGUGGCUGUGUUCCUUGUGGCCCUGGUGGGCAACACGCUGGUCUGCCUGGCCGUGUGGAGGAACCACCACAUGAGGACGGUCACCAACUACUUCAUUGUCAACCUGUCCCUGGCUGACGUGCUGGUGACAGCCAUCUGCCUGCCAGCCAGCCUGCUGGUGGACAUCACUGAGUCCUGGCUCUUCGGUCACGCCCUCUGCAAGGUCAUCCCCUAUCUCCAGGCCGUGUCUGUGUCGGUGGCAGUGCUGACUCUCAGCUUCAUCGCCCUGGACCGCUGGUAUGCCAUCUGCCACCCGCUGUUGUUCAAGAGCACCGCCCGGCGUGCCCGUGGCUCCAUCCUGGGUAUCUGGGCUGUGUCACUGGCUGUCAUGGUGCCCCAGGCCGCUGUCAUGGAAUGCCGCAGCGUGCUCCCCGAGCUAGCCAACCGCACCCGGCUCUUCUCGGUCUGUGAUGAACACUGGGCAGAUGACCUCUAUCCCAAGAUCUACCACAGUUGCUUCUUCAUUGUCACCUACCUGGCCCCGCUGGGCCUCAUGGCCAUGGCCUAUUUCCAGAUCUUCCGCAAGCUCUGGGGCCGCCAGAUCCCUGGCACCACCUCGGCCCUGGUGAGGAACUGGAAACGGCCCUCAGACCAGUCGGAGGACCAGGGACAGGGCCCCAGCACAGAGCCCCCGCCUCGGGCCCGGGCCUUCCUGGCCGAGGUGAAGCAGGUGCGAGCUCGCAGGAAGACGGCCAAGAUGCUGAUGGUGGUGCUGCUGGUGUUUGCCCUCUGCUACCUGCCCAUCAGUGUCCUCAAUGUCCUCAAGAGGGUGUUUGGGAUGUUCCGCCAAGCCAGUGACCGAGAGGCCGUCUACGCCUGCUUCACCUUCUCCCACUGGCUGGUCUAUGCCAACAGCGCAGCCAAUCCUAUCAUCUACAACUUCCUCAGUGGCAAAUUCCGGGAGCAGUUUAAGGCCGCCUUCUCCUGCUGCCUGCCUGGCCUGGGUCCCUGCGGCUCUCCGAAGGCCCCCAGCCCCCGCUCCUCUGCCAGCCACAAGUCCUUUUCCUUGCACAGCCGGUGCUCCGUCUCCAAAGUCCCUGAGCACGUGGUGCUCACCAGUGUCACCACGGUGCUGCCCUGAGCGAGGGCUGCCCUGGUGGCGGCAGGGUGUGCAAGCCUUGGGCUUGCUCCUCUGGCUCCUGGGGGACCCACCUCCUCGUGGAGACUGCUGGAUGCAGGGGGGAGGCUGGGGCUCCAGACCUGGUUUUCUGCCUGUUUAACUCUGGGCAAGUGACUUCCCUUCUCUGAGCCCUGUCUCCUAAGCAGGAUUGAUGGGAGGAUUAAGCAUGCUCGAGAAGGCGGAAAGCCUUUUGUAGAUUGGGAAGUGUCAUGGAUAGGAUUAUCAUAUUCCUCUCGAGUGGCUGUGCCCCACGGUACCAUCCAUCCCCAUCGUCCUUCCGCAGCCUGGCCUUCCUCCCAAAGAUCCCCCUCCCACCCAAUCACAGGCCUUCCCUGGAGUCUGCUGUAAGGGUCCCGGCAGGCAUUCCCAUCUGGCCGAGUGGCUCCGGCUAAAGCCCAGUUGUUCUGAGGCCCGUGCGAACUAAUCUGGGUCCAUCCAGCCUUCUCCCAGCGGGAACAGAGCCCUGUCCUCACCAGGCGCCUGGUGCACACACCAUAGACUGGACUCUGUUGGCUUUCUGGUGUGAUAGAACACUCUCCAUGUGGCCAUUUGGCAUGGAGGCCAGCAGCCUGAAGCAAUUGUAAUUAAAAGCCUGGCACUGAAUGUUCCCUUUCCUUGUCAUUGCACAAAAUCUGUGCUGCCUAGGUGAGGAGAGAGAAGGUGGGGAAGCUUGGGGAGGGGAGCAGACAGGCAGCACUGGAAUGCUAGUAUCUGCUGACCGCUCCCACCCCCCACCCCCAACACACUGGAUCCCAGAGGGGCUCCUAGCCAGGAUUCAGAGCGCACGCGGUGCCGCCCCCUCAGGCGGUGCCAACCCUCCAAUGCCCAGGACCCGGAUCCUUGCCACAUCUGUCUGCUUCUGGGCCUGGCGGCCUCUGGGAGGUAAGGGAGAUGGCGGCAGCAGGUGCGGGGCGGGGAGCGGUGGGCAGACAGCAGGGUUCACAGACUGAUUUACUGUUACCUUCCCCUUCUUGGAAAUCGGGCUCGCAUUUACUUUCUCUGAACUCACAGGAUAAAAAGAGAAAGCCGCAGACAUGCUCCGUCUGCCACCAGGAUGAUUAGAGGGCUGCCAGAGGCCCCGAUCCCCGUUGCCAGAGCAGGAAGUGGAGUGCAGUCUGAAGCACCGCUCUGCUGAGAGGGUGGGAGGCAUCUGGCAGGGGCCGGCUCGGCCGUGCGCACCACCGGCUCUGCUUAACUUGAUUAAUGGAGCUUCGGGCUCCCUCUGACCUCACCCGUCCAGAAAUGGGGCGAAGGCACGGUCCUGCCAGGGGCCCAGCCCGGGAAUGCUUUCGCACCCCUCCUCUUAGACAUCACGCUUUCCAAGAGCAGGUGGAAGGUACGGCCUAAGUAUGUCAUCCACCCCUUGGAUGACUCACCAACCUGGCGCUCGUGGCCAUUUUCACAGAUGUGCGGUCAUUGCCAGGCGGGACGGGCUGCCCUCUCCUUCCGCACUCCCGCUGGCCUUAGGAUCCAGAGCUGUGUGUGGAGUUUCGUGUAGCCGGGCUCGGAGGUCCAGUGGGCAGAGUGAGGUGUGAGGGCUGGACCCGAGCUCGGAACCACUUACCCACAGGGACCAACCCACAGGGACCAACCCACGGGGACGAACCCAGGCCUGGGGCUCCUCGGCCCUGGCCUAGCACAAGGCUGACACUAUGAUUGGCACCACUCUAGAGGCAGGCUUCAGGAGACACUUGGCUCAGUGGGAGCAAAGAAACGACAGAAGCUUCCCCUAAUGGCCUCAUUUCUACUCUACCCUGCUGGCUGAACUCAGUCCCCUGGUGGGCCCGAGGCCUCCCUUUGGGGGGAUUCGGAUGAGCUGGAGAAAAUUCAGAGGACCAGGAUACCCAGGUGAGCAGUGCUCAGGGAAGAGCUGCUAAAGCACCCGGGACCACCCAGCCCAGGGAACGAAGGCCCGGGGGACACAUGGUGGCACGUUCCAGGUAUCUAGAAGCUUGGCAUGCAGAAAGGGGUGAUACAGGUUCUGGGUGGCCCAAGACAGAAAACCAUAGUCAUGGGUGGUGUUUUCAAGGUGGCAGGAUUUGGAAUCCCAUCAGCAAGAAGUGCUGCUUGUCGAAGAGGAAGCUUGUUUCCUGGAAGGGCACUGAGCUGUCCCCGGAGGAUGGCAAGCAGAGGCGGGACUCAGGGUGGGGCAACGGGGAGAUCUAGCCCCGGGUGGAGGCUGGUCUGGUGCCAGGAUUCUAGCACAUGGCAGCCCAGGGGACAACAGGGCUGAACUGGCUGAGCCCGGCAAACCUAUUGGGCUCACUGAGCUGCUUCCCCCAAGCACCCAGUGCAGGGACAAGAGCUUUCUUAUCUUCAUCACCCAAAGCAAAAGGAUUAUCACACUGGUGCCCGUGAUAAAGUCCCCCAACAAACCAGAAUGUCUGGUGUCUUAGCUUUUGAUUGAAAUUCUGUCAGAUCACUACAGACAUUUGGUGUAGACUGGUUAUCAUGCUGAUCUAAGGAUCUAGCUGGCAAGCACAGAUGUCUGUGCUUAAUAAAAAUGGGGGGAAAGUUAUGACUUAAUAAAUGCAGUUUGUCUGCAAGAUAAAACUAAGGCUUGAGAUAAUGAAAAAGCCAUGCUGUGAAAAGUUUAGGGCGGCUGCCCGUAACCUACCACGCCAGCCCUAAAACCGUUAUCAAACACAGCUGGCUUCUUGAAGUGAACCUGGCCAGUCCCUACAUUUCAACUUCACCCUGGCAAAUGGCACCAGCCCCACGUGGGCCAUGUCCCCCCGAGACACUUCUUUCUGCAUGGUGUGGUCUACGCUACGUACUUACAUACGCGGUGAACGAGGAAGGGACGAGUGGCCGAAUGGGCACGCACACGGGGGUGUGAACUGGAGCCAGGAAGUGUGACGGAAAACGCGGAACUCCAGAGUUCUGUCCUUUUAUUGAGCUUACAGUUUCACUGAACUUUUGGCCCCGAAAGAAAAAACACACAACUUAAAAAAACAGCAUUGGCAGUGGGAGGUGACAACUGUCCCCUGGGGAUUGAAGCCGAGCAGAGAAUGGCAGGCAAGUGAGGGGUCCGAGCUGCAGAGGGGUAGCCUGGCCAAGGGUGCCCAGAGAGCAGGCGGUCCAAGCCCCCGAGCAGGGCCAGCAGCCAGGCAGCUAUAAGACAACACACGGGGAUUUGGGGACACGGGGUGGUGGAAUCCAAGCCACUUGGUCCCGCGGACAAACCUCCCUCGUGCUUGGUCAGCUUCCACUUUGGAGAAACUGGGUUCAUCUGACAAGACGGUAUGGGUGAAGGGACUCAGGUGCUAAUGGCAUGAGGCUGAUGAUCACUUACCCCUGGUGUCAGGGCGGAGAAGUGACAGCUAGAGGCUAGAGCCCAGCGGACUGGACACUAACUGGCAUCUUCUGCUCCUGGCACGAGGCUGGGCCAUUGAAAUACUCAGGGCUCCAAGGGCAUUCAACGUCCAGUCCUCUCUUUGGCCACCUCCUGUGUGGCCUCAGCCUAGGUCCCCGCUAUUUGGUGACUGACACAAGACUCCCAGCCCUCUUCGGGAACAGCGCUGCAUCAGGCAAGGGAGAAUCUUUUUCUAGGAGGGACAGGAAAAGCGGAGAGGCCCGCAUGCCUCUCCCGCUCUAAGGGGCCAGGAAAGGCCCCUGGUACACUCCACUCUACAGAUGGGCUGGGUCAUAGCAUCCGAGAAGCUGUCAUGGUGACGAAGUCCUCGAAGCUGAGCCGAAUGGUGCCCUGUACAGCUGUGUCCUUCUCCCGGAAAGCCUCGGUCAGCACCUGCAGCUGGGUGCACACCUGGAUGAAGCGGUCUAGCUGCAUGGUGGGGUUGGCAGAGCGCGGGCAAUAGCGGGAGACCAGGAGCUGGGUGAACUGGGGGCUCAGGUUGUAGCCCAUUUGGGACAGAGCUGCAGGGGAGGGAGGGGCACAGAGAGCAGACACAAAACCUUACCACGAGCACCACCAUCCACCAGCUCCGUGGAGCAUGGCAGUGCAGGGGACUUGGAGGAGAUGAGCGCCAAAACGGAGAGGACAGAGGUUCCUAGGGUCUGUCCAAGAUGGUGGGAGCACAAAAGGGGCUCUAGCUGGAUGGUGCCCUUAGCUGGAAAGCUCCCAUCCCUUUCUCCAAAUCUCCACUACUGCCUGUUCAGUCGGGGCCAUGGGGUCCCAGAAGGACACGGGGCUAGCUCUUCUGUGACUCAUGUGCAUUACAGAAGGAAGCCCGCGCCCCCGGGACCAACCUUCCCGGGGCGGACAUCAGAGGCGGUAGGACAGAGUAGACAUGACAAAGGCCUGCUCCGUAGUCGAGACAGCCCUUCAGCAAGUUGCUUACCCUUGCUAAGCCCCUGUCUUAUCAUCCCUAAAAUGGGAAUAAUACUUACCUUGUAGGUUCUAGUAAGGAUUAAAGGAGGUGAUCCUAUAAAGCACUUGGCGCGGUGCUUGACACAUAACAACACUUUGUUAUUUGUUAAAAAUAAUCAAAUCGUCUUCCUCUCCCCAGGCGAGGCUGCUGGGCAGUUCCAAGGUCACGGCCUGCGUGCCGCUCUCUGUCCCUCCACCUGGGAGGCUUCCUUUGUUCCUCUCUGCACAUCUACCAGCCCAGGCUAAAAGCUCCCCUUUUGCUACGUGGCCCUUGGGGAAGUUGCCUAAACUAAGCCUCAGUUUUCUCACCUGUAAAGGGGCAAUAAUAAGAGAUCCCUCACCUAAGAGUGGGGAACAGUAAACAGUAGCUAUUGCACGGGCAGAACAAGUGAUGUAACAUUAUCAGAAGCGCUUCAUACAGUGCCUGGCACACAGCAAGCGCUCCGUUAAGUACUGAUUUUGGUGUAAACGUCACCCUCACCAAUAUCCGUGACAGGACCCGGCAUGAUCAGUACAGGUCAUCUCUGUUUCCUUCAACCAGGGCACAGACAUGGUGAGCUCACCCCCACCCAGAGCUCCUCAGUCUGACUGAAAUCCACAGUCAAGCAAGGAAGGGGCCAGGUUCUCAGGAAGCCCUUUCCCCCUCCCAGGUGGCAAAGCUCCCUGUCAGAUCCUUAUCACCCCACUAACCACCCAUCUUGUAGAGUCCGAAAUGGAACCAGACCUGGAGCUACGGCCUCAGGCCAUCUUACCCGAAUGCAACUUUUAGCGUGGUCUGGAUCCCAGGGUUGGGAAGGAAACUGCCUUCUAGCAGAGCUGGUAACAAAAACCACCUUUCUGAGUCCUUGUACAGGGCUCUUUCCAUUCUGCAUGCUAGAAACUAGAGAGGAAAGAGCCACACAGGCCCCACACACUGGUCUCAAAGUGCCCUGGGCCGCCGAGCUCCCAUCCCCGAGGCUCCCUGCUGGCUGGUCUCUCUCAUCUAGUGGUACCAGGAGUCCAGCCCCGAUCCCGGAACCAGGUGCCCUCUUGCCCUGGAUCUUGGCUCAGUGCCCCAGCCUGAUCACAGAAGGGAUGGGGAAGGGACCCGUGCUGAGUUUUAGAGUGUAGGUGGACAUGUGGGAGUCAGAGGCUAGAGAAAACCCCCUGCCCUGCAUAGGGAGUAAAUGGAAAAGUCUAGCUCUGCCUGUGCAGAGUCCCCACCGUGGCCCUCACCUUGCUGCAGCUCGGUGUAGCUGAUGGAGCCCGAGCGGUCCCGGUCAUACUGCUGGAAGAGGUUCUUCCACUGCUGGAUGAACUUCCACAGAGCCGAGAAACCAUAGAUGUCGAUGCGGCCUGACUUUGUCUUGUCAAACAUGUCUUGGGUGGAGACGGGGUGGAGGGAAGAAAAGCUUCAAGACUGAGGGCCGAGGGUCCGUGGGUACAACCCAGGCCAGAGUAGGAGACUCCACAGAGCCACGGGCCCGAGGCCCAGAUGCUUGUACCUGAGACACACUCUCAUCAAGUGUUGACCAGCCCCUACCCUUGGCCACCCUCAGCUCUAGCCAUUCCAGAACUGCGUAUUCUCUGUACGCUUGGCAGCUGACCACCUCUGUGCCAUCUGCUACCAGGGCAGGGGGUCCCACUCUGCAGAACGGAAAACGGCAUGUGACUCAGCGGGGUCCGGAACUUGAGAAAAGAUCUCAGGGAAGGAGCUCUCAGUCUAGAGGAUCUCACCUUGAACCCAACUUCCUGCCUGAAAUCCUCCCUGGCAGGAAGAUUUCUCCUCAGAAUGGCUGCCCAGCCACCAUCAGGUCUCAGGUGGCACUGCCCCAGCUCGAGCCCACGGGGAAGGGCUAGGACUCACUUAUCAUCAUGAGGCACGUCUCGUCGUUGAACGAGGACCAGUUGGAGUUGACCAGAGCCUGCUUCAGCUCCUUGAUGGAGAUGUAGCCACUGUGAUCAGAGUCUACGGACUGGAACCAGGAGUAAGCCUCAGGAUCCACGUUGGGAGGAACACCACCUGCAGGAAGGGGUGCAAGCCAGAGGAAUUAGUCACAGGUCUCAAGGCCAGUGUGAAGAAAUACUGGGGAGGGCCGGCCUCGGUGCCUCGCUGGCAAUGGGUUUUCCUUACCCACAAAGCCUCACAGGUCCACCGACCCCGUCUCCCCUUAAGCCAACAGCCUUGUUCUCAUGGAAGAGGACCUUCAGUGCAGACUCAACGAGUAUUUGCAGCCGGCUUCUACUCUGUGAACCUGCUGGGCUUUUCCUACAGUGUUCCAGUCAUUUCUCUCUUUGAUCUUAAGUUUCUAAGGAACAGGGACUUUCCGGCUGACUGAGAAUUCUCUGCAAAGAAGGAUUAUCUCUUCCCCAAAGACCGGCAACCCAAAAACAUUUGCUGAGCAGCUACCAGGCACAGCCCAGGGAUGAAUAUUUUGAGAGUCACAGCAGCAAGGGGCCCUCUGGUGUGGGAAUCAGGUCUGAUCCAGGUCUGAUCUUCCUGGCAUGGUGACAGCUGACAUAUUCUAUCAGGAGUCACCAGAGUGUGCGUGGCCACAGAACUCUACCUCUUCUUGUUCCCCAUCACCUCCAACGCGAGGACCCAUCCCCAAACCUCCCUGGAGACAUCUCUGACACCUCCUCACCCCCACACACCCAGAGAGAGCUGCCCGGUUCUGUGAGAUCCACACACAGGUGCCUCCUCCCCGUUCCGACGCACCUGCACUGGUUCAGACACCUCUCACGUGGAUUGUUGUAACAAACCAAAAUGCCUAACCAACCCAUCCUUACAGCUACUCUCUGCCACCCUGUCCCUUUAGAGUAAUCUCCAAAAUUAACUCAGUUCUAACCCAUUACCCCUCGCCUCAACUCAAACCUCUUUCAAGGCUCCCCACCGCCUGCAAAAUAAAGUCCAGCAUCCUUAACACAGCAUGCCAGGCCCUCCCGCAAUGUGGUCCAUUCUUGCCUACCUCUCGCACUCUGUCCCCCUCGCAGCUCUGUUCCAGCCGAGAUGGAGCAUUAUAUACUCACUCUUAGCCACCCCUGCUCAUUCCCACAGCGGAGGCUUUGCUGCUCCCCGCCGUGUAACCCUUUCUCCCUCGUCUCUCUGCAUCCAUUUCCUGUCUCCCUGCAACACCCAAAUGAAAUGCUGUUCCUUCCAUAAAGCCUUCCCUAUUCUUCCAUCUCUGGACCAGCUUCCUUCCCCUCUCCUUUGUACUCCUUCUCUCUUGUUUUUUUUAUUAGUUUUUAAAAACUUUAUUUUUUUGAGAGACAGAGUGUGCACGAGUGGGAGAGGGACAGAGAGAGAGGGAGACAGAAUCCCAAGCAGGCUCCGCACCAUCAGCACAGAAGCUUGGAUGCAUGAACCGUGAGGUCAUGACCUGAGCCAAAACCAAGAGUCAGAUGCUUAACCGGCUGAGCCACCCAGGCGCCCCUGGAUCAGGCUUUAGGAAGCGCUGUUCCAGGGAGUCACUAGCUGCACUGGAAAGGAGACAAAGGUGGCCACACGAGGGGAAGCCGCAGAUGGCGAGCAGCGAAAGGUCUGAGGCACAUUUCUCCUCUCUCUGCAGCCCUAGAGAUGAUCUCUGGCCUCAGGUCCUAUGGGGAUAAGCCUCCCAGAGAGGGGCUCCUUCCCCUGCAGUGACCUCAUGUGGGCUCACAGAUGAGAUUUCAAAAGGACGAGGGACUCCGCCAUGAAGCUGCUGGGCUGAAAGCAAACAGCCAGAAGCUCUGAGCUCUGACAAGAUAAAUGCCACUGCCUCGGUGUUUAGAACCCCCAAGAUGUGAGCAUCUCCCUCGGGGCCGCCCGCCUGGGAACGAGCGCGAAGAUGCCGCAGCCGCCCAGCGGGGCCGCUCCCUGGAGGCCGUGCAGGUGCGCCAGGGCGGUUCUAGGUGCCGUGCUGCUGGCUUGGUCUCCUGGGGGUAAGCGUUCUGUGAAGAGGCUGAGUCCGUGAGGACAUAGGGAGCCAGGCACUCCCCCUCCCUGACCCCCUGUCUGCAGCCACUUGGAAAUUUGCACUGAGCCUGAGGCAGCCCACCAGGAUUCUCUGCUUCCACUGGAUCUCCAAGCCCCCCUCCCCCCGCCACCGACCUUGUCCAGUACCUCACC